GGCACUCGUACCAAUUAGUCCCCAUUUGGGUAUUGGCGGAUGCAGACCGGGGACAAAGUUCUUGCGUGAGAUUUUUUACCCCCACAGAGUUUCGGUCGAUAAGAUACGGCGCGGUGGAGGCACGCAAUCCGAUUGCCGAAUAUAACGUCGAUGUUCAGAAAUUUCCAAUCAACAACCGCGCGAACAGCCAUCAAACAGCCAUGUUCAAGUCUUAUCGGGAUAAAUUGCGGCUCAAAAACGAAACCUCCGGCGAAAGAGACAUAAACUAUGGCCAAACGAUAUCUGUAGUGUGGGGUUUCAUUUUGACGGCCGUCGUCGUUGGAAUCUACUUCUUGGUCUAUUUGAAUUGGGUGUCGUUGCCCACGGGAUUGACGACCACCGAUGAAGCGAGUAAUCCAGGUCGGUUUAUCGCUCAGGUCGCCAAAGAAAACCUUGCGGUACUGACCAGUAAUGGGCCUCGAGUCGGUGGCAGUCCGAACAACGAAGUGUUCACCGUUGACUUUCUGUAUCGAACGGUUAACGAAAUUGUAGCCGAAGCGAAUUCUGCUCAUCGCUUCGAGGUUCAAGUUCAGCAACAGGAUGGCAGUGCAUUCUUCGACUACGUUACAUAUCCGAUGACCAGCGUGUACCAAGGGGUUCAGAACGUCCUGGUGAAAAUCACUCCAGCCGGAGUUCCCGAACCGGAGCACUAUCUGAUGUUGAGCUCACACUUCGAUAGCGUUCCGCAAAGUCCUGGCGCCGGCGAUGACGGCACGAUGACUGUGGUGAUGUUGGAGAUUCUAAGGCAGCUGUCGAAGGACGGAACCGCGUACGAGCAUGGAAUUGUGUUCGUGUUCAAUGGAUUCGAGGAGAAUGGUUUGCAGGGAGCUCAUGCCUUUAUCCUGCAUCCGUGGUGGGAUCGUGUCCGGGCGUUCAUCAACAUGGAUGUGGCGGCCAAUGGUGGGCGCGAGAUUAUGUUUCAAGCUGGGCCGAAGUUUUCCUUUUUGAUGGAGUAUUACAGAGACCACGUUCCGCACCCGUUCUGCACGGCAGUUGCCGAGGAACUCUUUCAAGCGGACUUGGUUCCCUCGGAAACGGACUUCUUCAUCUACACCAAGAUGGGCGGUCGCCCAGGUAUGGACUUUGCCCAUGCCACCUGGGGUUAUUUGUACCACACGGCUUACGACGCGCUCGAUACGAUUCCGCUGGAGUCGCUCCAGCAUACCGGGGAUAAUGUGCUGUCGUUGGUGCGUGGUCUGGCCAAUGCCCCGGAGCUGAGCGAUAUCGACAACUACGAAGGAACCAAGGCGGUGUUCUUCGAUUUCUUGAACUGGUUCCUGAUUUAUUACCCGGACUGGGCCGGAAUCGUGAUUAACUCGUUGAUGGCUGCGCUAGGCCUGGGACUGAUUUUCGGAUCGUUUGCGAUUAUGGCUAAGGAUUCUGAUGUGAGCUACGGACGAGUGGUGGGUCAGUUCUUCAUCAACCUGGGAGUUCAGUUGCUGUCUAUUGCUCUGGGAGCUGGAUUUUCCAUACUGAUGGCAGUGAUCUUGAAUGCCGCUGGUGGCGCCAUGUCUUGGUUCACCGAGUCCUGGUUGAUCUUUGGACUGUACAUGUGUCCGUUCUUGAUGUGCACAGUACUUGGACCGUUGCUGUUGAUUCGGUUUUAUAAGAUAGAUAAUAUUCUACUUCAAACGCGUAUCAAUUUAUUCACGCUCGCUCAACAAAUGAUUUUCAUUGUGAUACUGAUCGUAAUGACUGCCAUGACCAUUCGCUCAGCGUACAUUUUCGUGAUUGUGGUGAUCUUCUUCAACGCAACGACCAUCGUAAACAUGAUCGUGCGAUUCCGUAGCUUCCACUGGAUUUACAUCCACCUGAUAGGCCAGCUGUUUCCACUUGCAUACUACAGCAGCUUCUCGUUGACCACGUUCAGCACUUUCAUACCAAUGCAAAACCGAGGAAACCCCGAGUCCAAUCCAGAAUUCCUGAUUGCGCUAUUUGCCAUAAUAGUAAUUCUCAUGAUGAGCAGCUUCCUGACCCCAAUGGUUGCGAUGAUGCGAAAACCAUUCAUCUACUUUGGUGUCGUAGCCAUAUUUUGGAUCAUCACAAUCAUCGUUUCCGUCACUUCAGUUGGCUUCCCGUAUCGAGCGGAGACAUCUCCCCAGCGGUACUACGUGUUCCAUAUCGAACGGAACUUCCACCAUCCCAACGGAACUAUGCGUCACUCGGACACCCACUUCUACAUCCACCCGCAGGACGUCCACACACCUGGCUACAUCAUGGACACUGUUUCGGAGAUGCGACGUGCCACACAGCUGGGCGACGAAUGCGAACGGGAGUUGUACUGUGGCAUCCCAUUCUACCAAAGCUAUUUCCACGGACGGCGAAACUCGGCCUGGUGGCUACCGGCUGAGAGCCAUCCCACGUUUCCAACCCCUGUCAAGUUCGAGUUCCUGGGCAAAACAAGCGCUUCGCCCAACACUACUCGGUACGACUUCUCCGUUGAAGGUACGGACCACAUGAGCUUCUACGUAUCACCGAUCCAGCCGAACCUGCUGCGUAACUGGAGUUUUAGCGAAGAGGUUCCUCGCAGCGGCUAUCCAUGGAACGGUCAGGAAGUGCACUUUGUCAACUACGUCCACGGAAUCGACGAUUCUCCUCACCGGUUCUGGGUCCUGAUCGAGCACGCCGCAGACAAACCCGUUGACGAGCUAACGUUCCACCUGAACAUCGUCGCCCAGUACAUGCACCACGAAAAGUACCGCACCGAAGAGUUCAAGCGAUUCGUUGACAAUUUCCCCGAUUAUGCGCACGUAGUGGCCUAUCCCAGCUAUCUGGAAAGCUGGCUAUUUUAAGAUAAGGUUCCCGAUAUCGACAAAUGUACGCUCCGAAAAACGGCAAUAAAGUAUUCGCGGAGCGGUUUGAGAUAAGAUAUUCCUAAGCUCUGUGAUUUGUUUCGUGUA